ACAAAACAUAAAGAAUUCUACAAAAAAUGGACCCAUUAGCAUCUAUUUGGGUAUGAAUAAAAGUUGGAUUAGGAAUAGUGACUUGACUUGGAGUGUAUGUUUUGGUUGAGUUUUUGGUACUCCCUCAGUGCAGGAAGAGGAGGAUGGGUAAAUACAGUAACUUAAGGUCAAGCAAAAGCUUGAUGAACAAUAUGGCAGACAUGAAGAGAAAUAUUAAAGAAAACAAAUAUAUUUUCUGGCAUUUUAUAAAGUUGAGGCUCACUGAGGAGAACUACGAUGUCUUCUAUACUGUUCGAGGGAAUACCACAGCCUUUCUUCUAACAUCAGUCAAAGCUUAUGAAGAGUUCAAGCAGUUGCAGCCUGAUGUGAUUGAUAGAAAGAUCAACCCACAGAACACUUUUACCAAGCUAGCUCCAAGUGCCUUUGGGAACAUCAAAAGUGGGAAAGAGUGGAACAAACGGAGAAACUCUGUCUCCAAACUCAUGGUGCUAAAUAAAUCUUCCCAGUAUAUCCCGAUGAUGGUCCAGUCUCUUGAUGCAGAGAUUAGGACUUGGAAAAUUGGUCAGGAUAUCAACGUUAGCGAGAGAAUAUCAGCAAUAACUUUGACGAUCAUUACGAAAAUUUUAUUUGGUUCUGACAUUACAUCAAAAAUUGAAGACUGUGAUUACUUGCAUCCUGACGGGAAGAGCACUAAGAUGAGGUUCAUGGAUUUCUACCCCAAGAUGAUCUUGGAUAUAAUGUUGACAUUUUCAAACAUAAAGGCAAGCAUUUUUCCUUUCGUGGGCGUCUACGAUCUAGUUGAACCUUUUGUGACGAACAGGAAGAACAUCAAUCAAUUCCAGGAUAAACUGAAGAAGUUCUUAGCAAACAGCACUGAUGCUGGCUCAGUCUACAGAAAACUAAUUGAUGAAUUCAAAAUUCCUGAGGAAGAUGCAUUUCAGGAUAUCUGUGGUCUGUUAUUUGCAGGCCACGAUACUACUUCUCAUGCUAUCUCCAGUGCUAUUUACUUCCUCAAGAAAAAUCCAGAGGCUGAUAAGAAGUUAAGAGAAGCUCUUGCUACCUGUGGGAUCACUAAAGACACAGAUUAUUUCACUAUUGAGACUAAAGAGAAGAUUCAAUCUUGUGAGUACUUAAAUUAUGUAAUUAAAGAAACUCUGAGAAUAGAUCCACCUGCCUUCUCAAGCAUUGUUUAUGAGGCAUGCAGGCCUAUCACUUUGGUUGGAGUGCCUAUCAAAAAGUCUGAAAGUAUCCUUUUAAAUAUUUUAAGCCUUCAUCAUGAUCCUUCACAAUGGCAUGAGCCAUUAAAGUUCAUUCCUGAACGAUUCGAUCCAGAAAGUGAAUACUUUUUGAAGCCUGAUGGAGAUACUAGAAGUCUCUAUGCUUAUGCUCCAUUCUCAUUUGGGUUGCGAAAGUGUCCUGGACAAAUCCUAGCAACUCUGGAGCUGAAAUUCCUCUUAUCAAGAUUCCUCUGCACUGCAGAUAUAGAAAUCCCAGAAAGUCUUCUGGAGAACGAUUACGCUAGGUUUGCUCUCUUCAGUAAUUUUCACCUUGAAGGUAAAGUAACCUAUAAGUCAAGUUAA